CCUCAGUCAUAUGACUUGAAGAAAGCUAGCGUGGAGUUAGCAACGGCGGCGCGAACGCUGCGCGAGGGCUUUACCGUCUUUAUUUCUCUAUUUUGGUGGAUUUAUUGCCGGGAGUGGUUUGUUUAGAAGUGUGUCGGAGUGAAGAAGAAGAAGAAGAAAAAGACGGAGGAGAAGAAGGAGAAGAAGGAGAAGACAACAUGAAGACCGGAAGCUGCAGUUGUGGACUCUCCUGGUUUCUGUCCACUGUUUGGUUUGUCAGUGUUUGUGUGAGCAGAGCAGCAGAGAUUGACCCUCUGGUGUAUGAUGAGCAGCUGCUGUGGGUAGGUGGAACCCAGGGGCAGGUCAACACCUACAGGAUCCCUCUGCUCACCUUCACCCACAAGGGAAGCCUGCUGGCUUUCGCAGAGGCAAGGAAAUUUUCUGCGGCGGACACGGGAGCAAAGUUCAUCGCACUUCGGCGGUCCACGGACAAAGGAGCCACCUGGUCCCCAACCUCAUUUAUUGUUGAUGAUGGAAAGAACCCGGACGGCCUGAAUCUUGGCUCCGUGGUGGUGGACGAGGAGGAGGGCUUAGUGAUUGUGAUCUACAGCAUCUGCUUCCACCUGUACCACUGCAGCCCGGCCAGCACCAUGUUGGUGGAGAGCAGGGACGACGGCCUCAGCUGGAGUCUUCCUAGAAACCUUUCAGUCCAACUCGGAGCCAAGGCCUUCAUGGCGGGGCCAGGUUUUGGCAUUCAGAAGCGAUACAGUCCAGCUAAAGGGCGGUUGGUUGUCUGUGGUCAUGGAACGAUCGAGGGGGACGGCGUUUUCUGCAUCCUGAGUGACGACCAUGGCCGCAACUGGUACAACGGUGCCGCCCUGAAGAGCAUCCCCUACAACCAGAAGAAGAAACCGUUGGACUUCAACCCUGAUGAACCCCAGCUGGUCGAGAUGUUGGACGGCAGCAUCAUCGUCAAUGCACGGAACCAGAACGACUACCACUGCAGGUGUCGUGUAGUGGUGCGUAGCCACGACGGAGGAUUGACCCUGCCCAUAGACGAUCUGUUUUUUGACGAUACUCUGGUGGAUCCUGCAGUUGCAGCUGGAAUUCUGCAGAAAGAAGGAGUGCUGUACUUCACCAACCCCUUUAACGCUACACACAGAGUCAACCUAACCUUAAAAUGGUCCCUGACCAAUGGCACCUCUUGGGAGAAGAAAUCUGUCCAGAUAUGGGCGGGACCAAGCGGCUACUCCUCCAUCACAUCACUGGACAGCGGUUCUGUAGAUGACAGGAAAUACAUAUAUGUCAUCUAUGAAAAGGGCCAUAAAGACUAUGACGAGACAAUCUCGUUCGCCAAGAUCCACCUCUAUGGUGGCCGGUAGCACAUAACACGAAAGGGAAGAGGAAAACGCUCUCUCAGGAAGAGGACAAGACUGUCCAACAUUUAGUGUUUUGACUAUUCAUAAUGCUGGUUUUUUUCCGUACCCUAAAAUUCCGACACUUAAUUUUCCACAGAUUUCGGUGUUUUUUCUGAAUUGUUUGCACAGCUGCAUUAUUUUUUAGGAGAAAAUACACUGAAGGCAAAGCUUUCAAAACAAAUAAGUGUUAAAGAUUUUUCUACAGGCCAAAUGCUCAACAAUGGAGCAGUAUCAUCAGUUUUCCAUGUAGCAUGGGAGAAAAUGACCAUGUCCAAACUUCUCCAUUGUUGACUGGGUGUGACAUUAUUCUGAUUUAAUGUUUUAUACUAAAAUGGUUUAUUUGACAUGUUUGUUUGUGAAACUGCACUUUCCAUUUGAGCAACUGUAGAAAAACAGCUGGAAUGAUUAAAAAUGAAACGUGCAUGUGUGAUUGAAUGUGAGAUCCGUAAGACGGCUUCUUUUGUGAUCGCACAGGAUAUUUUCUGUUACUUCAUCCUCGUGUUACUGGUGGUUUGGAGAGAGAAAUCUCACCACACAUUUUAAUGAACAAUGACGAUAAUAAAAAAACAAAAAAAACACCGCCUUUCUCAUCAGAGAUAUGAGGAAAUGUUUCUUGAUGAAAAAUAUGUUUAUGUAUGUAUGUAUUACAAUGGAAGGGAAUUGUCUAAUAUAAACCAGUGGUGGUGAUAAAAAAAAUAACUGAAUCUGCUGACGUUUGUAUUAAAAUGACAUGAUUUCACUAAA